UGUUAACAAGUCCUCCGCGCUGACGGGUGGGGAAGCGGGGGGGGACGCGGCGCUCCCGAACUCGCCCGAAGCACUGCGAGGGCGAGGACUUGACUGCGCGGCGCGGCCCCCGAGUGACCGCCGGGCCGGGGAUGCGCGGCGAGAGAAGGGGCUGUGGGUGGGGGGACACCCCCGCCACCUCUGCCCGGCCCCGCGGGAGCUGCCCCGAGAGGGUCUCGCUCUCCCUGAGGGGCAGUUCCCGAGGGCGGGAGCCCAUCGCCUGCCGGCGGGGAGCGGGGCGCCGGCAGCCGCGCCGUGAGGGGCCGGGGGCCGCAGCAGCGCCCGCCCCCGGCGCGCAAGGGAGGCUCCCGGCCGGGGGCGGCGGUGACGGGGGGAGGACUGAGGCUGGAAAGGUGCGUGCUCGGAUUGCUGGAGGGCCGGUCUCGACCCGUGCGUACGGAAAUGAAGCUACCAUUUGUGACGAGCGUACCCGUCUUCUCGUCCUGAGGACCUCUUUGCAGCUGUGAAACAGAUAGUUUGCCGUCCAGAGCGAGUCUGCUGGUAACCGUUAUAGAGCUAAUGCCGUGUUAAAAUGCAGUGUAUAAAUAAACUGUGCAUACAUUAGUAGCAGCAGAAAACCACUACUCUCAGCCGAGCCAACUUUCUGUGUGAGAGCGACGGACAGAUGAAAUAAAGGAUAUGUUUACAAAAUGGGCUUUGCUUUCUGCAUGAGGGCUUCAGAUUGGCUGAGGGAAUUUGGCGUGCCCGGCUAAGUCACGUAUUUGGAGAAGUUCCCUAUGAAAGCAGCAUAAUAUUAAAAGUGGAACAAACACCAGCGUAAGCCCCUGAGCUAUCAGGAGGCCUCGGCUGACUGCAGCUUGAGUCCUCUGCUUUCCUCUCCUUCUUCUGCUGCUUAUGCCAAACCUUUAGGAUAUCUCAGGAUGUCCAGAGAUUUUUCCACGCCAGUUCUGCUAAUUGAGGGUGGGGGAAAAAGGGUCAUUGCAAUUAUGUACUGGCUCCCUCUAGCGUGCCAGAGGUACUGCUGCAUUUGGGGUAUAUCCCGUGUGCGUGCAUCCUGUGGGGCGGGUGUGUAUCUGUAUACAUACAUACCGUGGGCUAUGCGCUGUGCCUAAGUGUGCACGCAUG